UCCAGAGUAAGAUGCGGUGGGACAUUCCAAUUCAAUAAUUUUACAUAUUUUACAAAUUUUACACCAUUCAACAGCAUCUCCUCUCACUACCAACCCUCAGCACCCCCCACCCCCCCUAAAUCUGACCAGGUGAGGAGAGAACCAAGGUGGCUUAAGAGCAGGAAGGCUGCAGGUCCUGGCGGGAUCAGCCCCAGAGUGCUCAAAGACGCACAUGUCACGCACAUGUUCAACCUGAGCCUUCAGUUGGAGCAGGUCCACGUUACGUGGACGACCUCCUGUGUGGUUCCAGUUCCCAAAACAUCACAUCCCUGGGAACCAGACCACUACAGACCAGUCGCCUUGAUCUCCCAUCUGAUGGAAGAUUAUGGAGAGACUCAUCUUUACCCAUUUACGUUCAAUGGUGAGCCUGGAAGUAGAUCCACUGCAAUUUGCAUAGAAACCAAACAUGAGGUGGAGGACGUGCUCAUCUACCUGCAGCACCAGGCCCCGACACCUUGAGGUGCAAAAAAGCACUGAGAAAAAUGUUCUUCGACUUCUCAAGUGCUUUCAACACGUCCAGCCGUGUCUACUGCAGCAGAAGAUGAGGGGUGCAGGAGCGGACGAACAUCUGACUGCAUGGACCACUUGCAGUAUGCUGCAUAGUUCUGGAACCCAAGUUUUUAAAUUUUCAUUCAUGGUUUUUAGUGGUCGAAGGUUACGAUAAUAGCUUACUGCUUGUGUUUAUAUAUACAUGUACCUUUUGUUGUUCUUCAAAUAAUUCUUUUAAGCGUUUGUGCUUCUGUGAGAAGUGAAUUUCCCCCCACUGUGGGAUCAAUAAAGUCUAUUCUUUUCUAAAUCAACAGUACUUUUCAAAGAGCUAAACUCUAAAAACAUUUUAAGUGUGAUGUACUUAUUUUAAGGUUUUCAGAUAAUGAACAAAGAUUCUUGGUCAAAACCAUGAAGGAUGUUGUCCAUUUUCCAAGCUCAUAAAUACUACGGGUAAAACUACAAUUCCCUUGAUGCUUUGCGAAGGAAACAUCACCACCGAAAGUGCAACUUGACUUCCUCACCCGGGCCCAAAACCGCUCCUUGCUCAUUUAUACCUGCGCAGAAGUUUAAGCUAAAUACGCCACAGAUAGAAUACUGGAGCAUAUUUAAAUUCUUCGUAAACGACUCACAAAACGACAAAACUGGCCCCUCCGCUGCCUGUCACUAUGCCCGCACUGCUGGAGAGACCCAAGCUGUCUAACGCGAUGGCCAGAGCCCUCCACAAGCACAUCAUGAGGGAGAGGGAGCGCAAGAGGCAAGAGGAAGAGGAAGUAGACAAGAUGAUGGAGCAGAAGCUAAAGGAAGAGGAGGAGAGAAAGAGGACAAAGGAGAUAGAGGAGAGGAUGUCGUUAGAGGAAACCAAAGAACAGGUGAUGAAGAUGGAAGAAAAGCUGCAGGGACUCCAAGAGGAGAAGCAUCAGUUGUUUUUACAACUCAAGAAAGUUCUCCACGAAGAAGAGAAGAGGCGCAGAAAGGAGCAGAGUGACAUCACUACCCUGACAUCAGCCAGCUACCAGCCCAGUCUGUCCAUGCACACAGGGCAGCACCUCCUCAGUAUCCCAGGCAGCCCAGUCAGCCACAGUCGACCCGGCGCUCUGCUGGGAGAACGCAGCAAACAGCUGUUCUCUGCUUCUGUGAUCCCUACCCGCCAUUAUCAGACCCCCACAUUCAGUUCAGGCUCAGCAGAACACGGACAGUUCAGCGGGAGCCAGGGCGUCCAUGAGCCUUACGGGGUGGCUCAGGCCCAGCACCCCUCCUCCUAUGCUCCAGGACCUUCAGUACCCGUCAGUUUCCCCAGCAGUUCUCAGAUCAGAGGUGCGUCUGCGUUUCAAGCCAUGCAGUACCUCCCUCAUCAGCAGGCUGGUUAUCCUGUUCACAGCCCUUUUACCUCUCAGUCAGGAUACAUCCCAGCACCAACGAUAUCUCUACAGAAGCAGCUGGAACACGCCAACCAACAGUCCGGCUUUACUGAUGCUGGCGGUUUGAGGCCCAUGCACCCCUCAGCCAUGCAUCCCUCAGCCCAAGGUCUGCUGCCUGCACCUAUGGUCCAGAUCCCUACUGCUAAGGCCCCCUUCCAGAGCUCUCCGCAGGGCACUCCUCGUCACAGCUUCCUGUCCCACAGCCAGAGCGGGCAGAGGUUUUACCACCAUGGCAAGUAGCCCACAGCGCCCUCAGCAUCCGCUUCCCGGACACUCUGGAGACGCCGUCGGACCUGGUCUUGAUGUUUUAAACCUUUUUGAUGUAAAGUUUGUACAGUAGCUUUCAUCGCUUCUGGUUUAAAGUCCUCAAACUCGCACUUGUCUUUUUUGUUCUCACUACACUUUUAAAUAGUAAAUUUGUAAAAUAACUGUAUUACAGACCCAGAAUUUUUAGUUUCUCCAUAAAUGAUUGGAAUUAGACCAAUGAGACUGGUCCCGCACACAUUAACUAGUUAAGCUUAAACACUUUGUCCCAAGUUUUUGUCUGUCCUCGGAUGACCUUUUGUAACACGAUUUGGAGGAAAACCAGCUGUAGCAUAAAUAAAGUUGGGUUAUUUGGAAUUAUUCACUUAAAUGUUGCUAAAUAAACAAAUCACUUUUCAA